AUGCGCCCGCCUUCUGCGCAGGCCAACGGCAACGGCCACCGCCGCGCCAAUUCGAAGCGCUGCCUGCGCCACGACUUCGCGGCGCAGAACAAGAGCCGCAGCGUGUUCCCGCACGCCAGAGGGCUGGCCGGCGCGUGCGCGCCAGAGGACGCCGCCGGGGCCCCCUCACAGAUCCAGCCGCCGCCUCUGCGCCUCAAGGACAUCCGCAACGCGCCGGUGCACACGCGCGCCACCAAGCGGGAGCUGCUGCGCGCGCAGGGCGAGCGCGACUUCUUCCUGGGCGCCGUGCGCGACGUGGCCACCGAGCUCGACCUGAAGGCGCUCUCGCACAAGGCCGUCGACAACAUCGCCGUGCUGCUGCAGGCCGACGGCGCGUCGCUCUUCCUGGUGGAGGGCCCGCGCAGCGGCCGGCAGACGCUCGUCUCCAAGGUGUUCGACAUGCACAGUGGCGUGGGCAAGUUCCUGCUGCCGGGCGGCGCGGGCACCUGCGACAACGAGGUGCAGGUGCCGUGGGGCGUGGGCGUGCUGGGCCACGUGGCCGAGACGGGCGAGACCGUCAACCUGCAGGUGGCGUGCGAGGACCCGCGCUUCGACGACGAGGUGGACCGCAUCACGGGCUACCACACGGACUCGCUGCUGUGCAUGCCCGUGAAGAACGCCUACGACGAGGUGAUCGCGGUGGCGCAAGUCAUCAACAAGAACCCCGACCUCGACGGCGGCACCUUCACCCACAAGGACGAGAAGAUGUUCGAGACGUACUUGCAAUUUGUGGGCAUCGCCAUCACCAACGCUCAAAUCAUGGAGGCGUCGCGGCAGGAGUACGACAGAAAUAGGAACCUGCUGGAGGUGGUGCACGACCUCUUCGAGGAGCAGACGUCGCUGGAGCAGGUGAUCCUGAAGAUCAUGCAGCGCGCGCAGCGGCUGCUCAAGUGCGAGCGCGCGUCGGUGCUGCUCCUGGAGGAGAACGCCGACGCCGUCACCUUCUCCAAGCUGUUCGAGCUGGCGCCCGGCCGCGCGCACUCCAGCCCGCGGCAGCCCGUGGUGGAGGGCAGCAACGUGUCGCGCUACAUGCUGCGCCUGGCCGAGCGCGUGGUGCAGUCGGGCGAGGUGCUCAACGUGGCCGAGAGCCUCGAGGUGGAGAAGGGCAGCGGCGGCAACGUGCGCUCGCUGCUCGCCAUGCCCAUCCGCAACCGCCACUACCAGACCAUCGGUGUGGCCACUAUCAUCAACAAGCUCAACGGGUCGCCGUUCGAUGAUAAUGACGAGCAGCUCUUUGAGGCAUUUAGCAUCUUCUGUGGCCUUGGAAUUCACAACACUUUAAUGUACAGUGAGGUGGAGAAAGCGAUGGCGAGGCAAAAAGUCGCAAUCGAGGUAUUGUCUUACCAUGCGACGGCAUCCAGCAAAGAAGUGGAGGCUCUACUGGACCAGACCGUGCCGUGCGCCGACGAGCUCAACCUGUACUCGCUGGCCUUCGACGACUUCUCGCUGUCGGACGACGACAUGGUGCUGGCGGCCGUCGCCAUGUUCCUCGACCUGGGCGUCGUCAAGCGCUUCUGCAUCGAGCGCGAGGGAUGUGAAAUGAAGGGAACGUUCAGCGACUUGGAAGUGUUGGGGAUGUUUGUCGGCUGCUUGUGCCACGAUUUGGACCACCGCGGCACCAACAACGCUUUCCAGGAGAAAACGGGGUCGGCUCUUGUGCUCCUGUACGGGACGACCAACACGAUGGAGCAUCACCACUUCAACCACGCCGUCAUGAUCCUGAGCAGCGAGGGCCACAACAUCUUCUCGGGGCUGUCGGCCGAGCACUACUCCAAAGUGAUGAAGGUCCUUAAGCACAGCAUCCUCGCCACGGACCUCUCCGUCUACUUCGAGCUGCGCCCGCGCUUCUUCACGCUGGUGGAGUCGCGCCAGUACAGCUGGGGCCAGCCCGAGCACCGCCAGCUGCUGCGCUCCAUGCUGAUGACGGCCGCCGACCUGGCGGCCAGCUCCAAGCCCUGGCCCGUGCAGGAGCGCGUGGCGCGCCUCGUCACCGCCGAGUUCCUCCACCAGGGCGAGCGCGAGCGCCGCGAGCUGCACAUCCAGCCGCAGGGCCUCAUGGACCGCGAGCGCCUGCACGAGCUGCCGCAGCUGCAGAUUCGCUGGAUCGCCGACAUCUGCCUGCCGCUGUACAAGGGCGCGCUCGCCAACAUCUCGCAGUGGGCAGCCCUGGCGCCGGGGGUGUCCAACGGGCACGACGACGGCCAAGGCGAGGGCGACCCGGAGCCCGACAGCGGGGGCGGUGGCGACGACGACGCCGUCGCCGACCCCGAGCCCGAGCCCGCGGACGUCGCGUCCCCCGACGCCGACGCCGAUGCCGACGACGUCGCCGACGACGUCGCCGACGCCGCGGCGGAGGACGAGCUGGAGCAACAGGCCGAGGAGGAGGAGGAGGAGGAGGAGCCGGUGUAA